CAAAAGCCUGGACCCUCGAUCCUGUCCUCGAUCCUGUCCUCGAUCCUCGAUCCUGCAUUCCUCCUGCGUGGGCAAGCGUUUGGCCCGAGCAGCAGCCUCCCUGGGCGCGCCUUUCCGCCCUCGGCCGCGGUCGCCCAGCGGCGCCUGCCCCGAUGGGGUGCGGCAGUUCGAAGUCCGACCCGGCAGCCGCAAAUGGUUCUGCCACUAAGCCCGUCAGCGACAAAGAGCAGGACAAGAAGGCAGCCAAGGAGCAGAACAAGGAGUACCAGACGACCAUGCAGUUUUUAGGGCAGGUGCAGCUCUUCAAGCGGCUCCCCAAAGACCAACACCCGCUGCUCGCGGGUGCGGUAGAGCCCGUGGAGUUCAAGGCUGGUAGCUUGGUGAUCAAGCAGGGAGACCCGGGUACCGAGUUCUUCGUCAUCAAGAGCGGUGAGGCCAGCGUCAAGGUCACCACGGAUGGGGUCACGAAGGUGCUCGCCACCCUGAAGCCAGGCGACUACUUCGGAGAGAGCGCGCUGCUGCGGGACGAGCCUCGCGCCGCCUCGGUCGCGGCAGAGACCAACCUCGUCACCUUCAAGAUCGGGCGGGAGAAGUUCACCAGCCUGGGCCUGAACGAGAAGCUCGAGUUUGCCAACCGCAAGGCCGUGGGAGGAGGACAGGCCCGCGCGGUCAAGACGAAACCCCCGUCGCCGAAGACCGACAAGGAGCGGUCCCUGAUCGCCAGCGCGCUCAGG